GUCUCCCUAUCCAUCAUCAUCAUUUACCAAAAAUAAAAACAAAAAAAAAUUCCCACUUUCCAUCUCCGUCUCUCAAUUUCUUAUCUAUAUUCUAAAAUUUGAAGCACACAAAAUUUCUAACUCUGCUAUUUUAACUCUACCAGAAAUCACCAUGGAAGCAAAAUCAAAACUUUAAAGCAGGAGUAGAUAUUUAGAGACAAGGAUUCAAUGGGGACUGGUGCAUCGAAGAACGCCGACGGAGGUUCCAAUGGAGGGGAGGAGAGGGAGGAGAGUCUGGACCAAGCAGGAGGUCAGUUUUACGUAUCGUUGAAGAUGGAAAAUUACAGGCUUAAUGGGGAGCUUAGUCCUCACGUUUAUGGCUCUGUCCCUCUCGUUGGCUCUUGGGAUUCUUCCAAAGCUCUUUCGAUGGAACGCGAAUCAGCAUCAAUGUGGGAAUUAAGCUUUGUAGUUCCUCCCAAUCACGAAACUCUGGAUUUCAAAUUCCUUUUGAAGCCUAAGUACGGUAACAUUCCUUGUAUUGUUGAGGAGGGUCCAAAUCGGCUUCUCACAGGGGGUGCCUUACAAGGGGAUGCAAGGUCUGCACUAUUUAAGUUAGAGAGUGAGGAAGUUCUUGAGUAUCGAGUGUUCAUUAAAGCAGACAGGGUUUCUCCCUUUGAUCUUGCGGCUAGUUGGAGAGCCUACCAGGAGAAUCUUCAGCCUUCAACUGUUCGUGGAAUUCCUGAUGUUAGUAUUAAUUCAGCACCUGCUCCAGGUCUAGAGAAUGGUUCUCCAGCUAGUUUGGAGCUUGAUCUUGAGCACUAUGUUGUCCCUGCCCCAUCAACUUCAGCGAAUUCAGGUCUGGUUUAUGCUGCUAACCUGGCAGAAACUCCACGGUCACUCACCGCUGCUGGGGUUUUUAAUGAUGGCUCAGGCAAUGCAUCACAGUUUAAAGAGCGUGGCAUAUCAGUUGAUCAACCUGCAAGUUUAAAGGAGAUGCAGGUUAUCAUACCAGAUCCUCAAAAGGGGUAUUCAGGACCUGAAAUGGUUGAAUCAAAAUCUGUGGGAACCUUUUCACCUUUGCAAAAGGCAGACGGUCAUAAAGGACUCUUUGUGGAUAGGGGUGUUGGAUCUCCCAGGCUGGUUAAAUCAUCUAGUUCAGGUGUUUUUAGUUUUAAUCUUAAACUGGAUACAGAGACAAAGAAUUCAAUGCCAGCAGCUGCUGGAGCUGUCGCUGCUGCAGCUGUAGCUGAUCAGAUGCUUGGACCAAAGGAGGAAAGACAUUUAGCAAUUGUCCUGGUUGGUUUGCCAGCUCGGGGAAAGACUUUUACUGCAGUUAAACUUACAAGAUAUCUCCGGUGGUUGGGACAUGAUACCAAGCACUUCAAUGUUGGAAAGUAUCGACGCCUCAAACAUGGAGCUAAUCAGUCUGCUGACUUUUUCCGAGCUGACAAUCCUGAAGGCAUAGAGGCACGAAAUGAGGUAGCAGCCCUGGCAAUGGAUGAUAUGAUAGCAUGGAUGCAAGAAGGUGGCCAGGUUGGAAUAUUUGAUGCAACUAAUAGUACAAGGAGUCGAAGGAAUAUGCUAAUGAAAAUGGCUGAAGGAAAAUGCAAGAUUAUUUUUCUGGAAACUAUAUGCAAUGAUGAAAGAAUUAUUGAAAGAAACAUACGCCUUAAAAUUCAACAAAGCCCUGACUAUGCAGAAGAGCCAGAUUUUGAGGCUGGGUCACGAGACUUUAGAAAUCGGUUAGCCAAUUAUGAAAAGGUAUAUGAGCCAGUUGAAGAAGGAUCUUACAUAAAAAUGAUCGAUAUGGUUAGUGGAAAUGGUGGACAAAUACAGGUUAACAAUAUCAGUGGCUAUCUUCCUGGGCGGAUUGUGUUUUUCUUGGUGAAUACUCAUCUAACACCUCGGCCAAUACUACUCACUAGGCAUGGAGAGAGUCGUGAUAAUGUUAGAGGCAGAAUUGGGGGUGAUAGUGUAUUGAGUGAUGCUGGAGAACUUUAUUCAAAGAAACUCUCAAAUUUUAUUGAGAAGCGGCUGAAAUCUGAAAGAGCUGCUUCUAUAUGGACUAGCACACUGCAGAGAACCAUCAUCACAGCAAGUCCAAUUGCUGGAUUUCCCAAGAUACAAUGGCGUGCACUGGAUGAGAUUAAUGCUGGAGUUUGUGAUGGAAUGAAUUACAAGGAAAUAAAGAAGAAUAUGCCUGAGGAAUAUGAGUCUCGUGAGAAGGACAAGCUAAGGUAUCGUUAUCCUCGUGGGGAAUCUUACCUGGAUGUUAUCCAAAGGCUGGAACCUGUAAUUAUCGAGCUUGAAAGGCAAAGAGCACCAGUGGUUGUGAUAUCUCACCAGGCGGUGCUGAGAGCGCUGUAUGCUUACUUUGCUGAUAGGCCCCUGAAAGAAAUUCCCCACAUUGAGGUACCACUUCAUACCAUCAUAGAAAUUCAAAUGGGAGUCACGGGUGUCCAGGAGAAAAGAUACAAACUCAUGGACUGAUUAUACCCUGCUGAAAGUAUGUUUCACUGUUAGUUUAAUUAUUUACCCAAAUUGAAGAUGAUUUUUCCACUCAUUUCUUUUGAAUUCAAUUCCUCCACCAAUUGUAACAUUAGCAUGAAUUUAUUAUCCUAACCCAAAUACAACAAUAAAAAUUUGUAAAAUGUUUUCAUCACAACUCUGUCCUAAAAUAUUUAGCCUCUGAAGAAGGUUGGAGACACACAUUACAGUUCUUAAUUUCAAGAGAUGAUUUUUGUAUAGGAUUUUCAUAUUCCAAUACAGACUAGUAUGCUUC